AUGGUCUCAAGUCUAGAUGAAUUAAGCAAGAAGGUAGGGGACACCAACCAAGGGCUAGCCUCAAGGAGCUCGCUAAGACCUCCGUCACUGUCACUUCGACCCCCACCAACUGUUUCAAAUGGGACAUUCCCUGCAUUAAACUCGGCUCAACGUGCAGCAGGAGGAGAAGUUACAGCAUCCUCACUAUCUCCAUCAUUUACAUCACCUUCAUCUCAAGCACGUGCUCGACAAAAAGUAGUGCUACAGCCAGGUCACUCUCCGUUGGAUUGGGCGCAUUUGAAUAGAACUCAACCUAGACACAAAUUAAGAGGUGUUGAUCCAUCUACACCACCACCGCAAUACGUAAAAAUCAAUAAAGAAGAGUUGAAAAAACACAAGAGCCGAUCUGAUUGCUGGACUUGUAUAAAUGGGAAAGUUUUCAACAUAACUCCGUAUGUCAAUUUCCAUCCUGGUGGAGUUGAAGAGAUAAUGAAAUGUGCUGGUAGGGAUGGCACUAGCUUGUUUAAUAAAUAUCACAGUUGGGUUAACGUCGACCGAAUGUUGGAGAAUUGCAUAAUUGGUGUAUACGUGAGUUAA